UUCCGUGGCCCUUCACCUUGGUUCCCCUCACGUUUAUUUGUUUUUUGCCUCGCGGGCGUCGCCCCUCAGACGGCCCUUUUGCUCUCUGUAAAUCUUCGCUGCCAGCCUUCCCCUCCUCCGAAUCGCCCGCUGAACCUGGGCUCGCCAUCAAACGCUCCCAUCCCGCGGUGUCUCCCCUAAACCCUUCCCCUCACAUACACUUUGCUUCCUCCUUGUGGUCAUCUCUGGAGAGCUCCCCGUCUGCUCCUGCCGUCGUCCGCCCGCGCGCUUCUCCCGUCGCCCCUGCCUUGGGAACUGCUCGGUGCCCUCGCUGCUUUCCUCCCUCUGCAAGAGCCUUGCUCCCAGACCCCUGCUCCUUUCCAUCCUCACUUUAACGCUUUUCCCUCUGACAUCCCCUCCCCCGGUGUAUGUGUUGUUUAAAUGUGCCCCAAAAGAUUCCAGGAAAGGAGUGCUGCACCAUAACAUGCACGGUCCAGCCCUUAAACAGAAGUCCCGUUAUGUAGAACACAGCCAAGAAAUGAAAAUAAAACUGCUAGAGGGUGUGAAAUAAACAGCAGCUAAUCGACAAAAUUAGCAUGCGGUCUGAGCAGCUGUCAGUAAUAAACUGGAUCCUGGAAGGAAAUAACAUUGCAAAGGUUACAGCACUGAAAGCCACUUAAAAGAGGCAGCAUUUGCUUUGAAGCAGAGGGUCCGCUAUAAGAGGUGAUGACAGGACCAAGGCCAGUUGUCCUGAGCGGGCCGUCGGGUGCAGGGAAGAGCACUCUGUUAAAGAAGCUCUUGAAGGAUUAUGAGAACGUCUUUGGCUUCAGUGUCUCCCAUACCACACGGCAACCAAGAUCUGGAGAAGUGAAUGGCAAAGAUUACCACUUUGUGACCAGGGAAGAGAUGCAGAAGGAAAUUGACGCUGGAGGAUUCAUUGAACAUGCACAAUUUUCCGGGAACAUGUAUGGAACAAGCAAAGCUGCUGUCCAGGCUGUGCAAGCGCAGAACCAGAUCUGCAUUCUGGAUAUCGACAUGCAGGGCGUGAAGAACAUCAAGAAAACAGACCUUAAUCCAAUCUACAUCUCUGUCCACCCCCCUUCCAUAGAAGUCUUGGAAAAAAGGUUACGGGACAGGGAGACGGAAACGGAGGAGAGUUUACGGAAGCGGCUGAAUGCAGCUUGCAUCGACAUGGAACUCAGUAAGGAGCCUGGCCUUUUCGACUUGAUCAUCAUUAACAAUGGUUUGGAAGACGCAUAUACUGAACUGAAGAAUAUUCUUGCAGAGGAAAUCCAGAAGGCUCAGGGGUCCAGGGAAUCAUGAAUCUCCAGGGUGUAGACGCUUGAACUUUGCAGACCAUUCCUGACAUCUUUCCACUGCUUCUGUGUUAGAGAGAGAAAAACGGACACACACACAUUCCCUUUUAGCGUGAUAACGGAAUUCUUCUAGGGCACUUUCUAUUAAAGAAGAAAAUAUCAAACCUAA